CUCGUCUCCUCCACCUCCGCCUCCGCCUCCACCCCCUCCUCCUCCCUUGCCUCCGCACCGGCUAGCAUGGCCCGACCACGCGUUGUGGACGAGGAGGCCACAGCUCGGGAUGCAGGCAAGAGGAACCAGGCGGUUCUCCUUCCAUGGCAGCGCCCGAACUCGAGCCGAAGCCGAGGAGCGCGGCUUUGAUCCAGGCUCGACAGGAGGAGUAGAGCAGCAGCCACGCACACCAGCCGACGGGCCUGUCCUCCUCUGCGCCUCCUCUCACGUACCCUCGGCGGCUGCCUCCUCGUCCUCUGACUGCUGCCGCAUGGUGGAGACGGCGUAGACGGGCUAGGCAGGCCACGAUGGCUGGUCGAGCACCCACCCCGGCGACCUCCUGCAGGGGAGAGGUCGAGUACAGAUCCAGUUCAUGGAGGAGAUGCCAGCACAGGGUCAAUCAGUCUCUUGUUCAUCCUUCGGAUGGUUCACCGCUCGCAGAGGUUAUUUGCUCAUUCUCUGCUCGUCUAUGUCGUCAGCGAGAAGGUUAUUUCGUGUGCUUGGAGUUUGUGGGUGCUUUACCUCCUUUUAUCGUCUUGUCGUUUGCUUCUUUGCCUGCCCAGAUCCUGAUGUUGUUGUCUUCGAUUGCUUUGCAGUCUAACACUAUUAGCUCUCCAGUUCUUCGUCUUGCUGUCAAGCAAAUCACUAUCAAAGAGAAGGAGGUGGAUACAAGUAUGGAAUCUGACAUUGUCCCUGUUACUGCUAAUAGAUCCAAGCACGCAAAGAAACAAACGAUUUUACGGACCGGAUACCAUAGCGGAAUCAACAAAGAAGUUGCAGUGGUGGAGGAUAUAUUCUCCGUCAUGAGUGGAUGCAAUGGCGGAGGACAAAAAAAAGAGGUGGGGUGGAGCUUGAGCUUCCUACGAAUGGUGUCUCUCUGCUGCCAGAUAGGAGGCUCUUCUGGGGAGUUGGUGGCACGGGGGCACUUGCUGCCUAUGAACAGGCAACUUUGCAGGCUAUAAAAUUCUUACAGGGAUUGUAUGGGUUUAUGGUCAGAGACUAUAAUUUCCAUUGUGUUGGUCUAUACGGACUCGGUAGCUUCUGCGGUUGCUAUUGCCGCGUCUGCUGUGAAGUAUACGGCUAAACUGGAGAAGGACCGUGCCCGUCUGCUCCUUUCGUGUGCUAGCGUGGUUCCUCUCUCCAGUGGAGCGGCGGUGCAACAGCGACGAUGCUGCACGAGAUCAAACCAGAGGAAUGUGAUCCACAUUUGUCUUUGCUUCCAUGUCCACGGGAGAAAAUUGCUGAACAUUUUGUCAUCCCCAGAUUUCCUCCCCACAGUGUGGCUAUCCUUACCCGUACUCUCUGAAUUCAGUUUGGUUUUCUUGGUCUCCGCAAGUUUAGUUUUGCCUUUUGCUUCAAAUAUUUGAAAGUUCAGUUUGGCCUUUUGUAUUAAUUCUUGAGGCAAACAAAUACCCCUAUGUGAUGUGUAUUUCUUUGACUGCAGUUUACUAAAUGUCUUGUUCAAAGUUUCUAAUUUUCUGUUUUCAUGUAUAUCUUUAUAUAGAUAGGCAAUGGCCUCAUCUCAGAAAAUUGCAUGAUAUAUAUACUAAAGGCAUCAUUACAUUUUAGAUGGGGUUUUAACAUCUUAUUUUUUUUCAUAUUUUGUAUGAAUGUUGGACAUACCCAUCUCCAUUCUGUACAAAUUAAAAUCUUUGCCUGCACCCUUUAUUGAGAAAUCAGAUGCUAUAGUUGCUUAGAAAAAACAUAUGCAUCACUAAUUCAUUUUCUGAUUCCAAGCUUGUUGGACAUAUGCCAACUCUUUUUUUAUCUUGUAUGCUUCUCGAUGCUAAAAUUUACAGGUUAUGUUUCUUUUUGGAUACAGUACUUUGAAAAAUAUGUGAGUAACAAGAGUGUGUUACUGCCUGGAUGUACUAAGAAAUUAUGGACACUAACCAAAAGUGUGCUACUGAAAUCAUGACGCCAUUUGCUUAAUAAUUGUGGAAAAAUGGCUCUUCUGCAAUUAAAAAUAAUUAUCAGCACUGACUAUGCAGGUAUGGUCUUUGCAUGAGAAGCACAGAUGGGCAUGCCGACAUGGACCAUAUCAGGUCCUUUGCAGGUUCCUUGGGUAAAGCUUGCUGAUUGUCAAUGUGAUUAGAGGGCCAGUGGUCGAAUGAUGCAUUUCCUAUAGGUCUAUCCAGUGGAGAUGGUGUCACCUGCCGGAGAAGCGAGGGGGCUAUCCCUCGAAGGGGCGGUGUGAUGGCGGUGGUAGACACCCCAGGUUGUGCCCAUCGACGCAGCAGGCAGUGUGUGGGUGAACUUCUAUAAGUUUCUCAACCACAGGCCGAACCAUCGCUCGAAAGCCGCCAUCCUCUUCCACUCCAUCAACAGGAGAUCACCAGAAUCAGUUGAUGACAGGGAUCCGCAAACCACUGUCCUAUAUGUCACCAAUCUCUCGCAUAAGUUUGGUUUUCCCCGCCAUACAUCUUCUGUCUACUCACAGUUUUAAGUGUAUAUAUGCAUCAUCGUUGGCUUACUACACAUUAUAUACCAUAUGAUGUUAGGUGGAUGGGAAUUUUCUUUUGAGGCUACAAUUAGUGAGGAAAUGAUUUCACAAGUUAUACUUCAAGCUCAUAACGCCACACUUGGCUGUUGUACUAAGCAAUGACAUGUAGUAUCAAGAGAAUCUUGGUUAAAAUAAUAUAAUUGAUUUUCUAUAAUAGUUGCAGUGGGUUCAUCAAGCAUUAAUUGGGUAGAUGAGAGAGUGAACUGCAGUACUACAACCAACUGUUUCAGAAGAUGUCUUCAAUACCCUUUCUUGGAAUCAACUCAUUGACUUUUUUGGAUGCUUUUUUUUUAUAUUCUUCACCAUCAUUAUAGUUUCAUGGAUCAUUUUCCUUAGUUUCGUCAAACCAGCCAUGAAAUCUCUAUACAUUUAAUGUUACUAAAUCAAGAACAAGUAUAGAGAUUUCACCGGGAUGCUUUAUUUAUGAGCGUCAUACAUACUAUCUAUGGCACACUCUUUUAAUAUUUUGAUUUUAUAUCCAUUUCUAAUAAUGUUUUCUUUCAAGCAUAUAUUCUUUAGCAAGUUAGAGUGUGCAAUCAAGUCUCCUAAGUGCGUAGUUUUAUCAUUUUAUCAGGAUCUAUAGCAUAUAAGAUAAUAGCAUUCCUCUUGGUUAUUUUGACGCUUCCAUGCUUCACACCGUAUUAUGUUUUAGAAGAGAGCCAGAACCAUUCGUGAAUAUAAAUGAUAGAUGCUUGGCGCACUUGCAAAUAAAAUUGUCCAGGGCUUGAGCCAUGUAUUGCAUUUGAAAUGAAGCUUUUAAUGACCUUUUCCACAUUUGUAUGAUUCUGAAUGUAUCGAAGUCCAUUCUCUACAAAUCUCUACAAAUCAAAUUCUUGAUUCCUGUAUAAUUUGCCCUAUUUGGAGAGCACAAAAUCAAUAGCGUAGAUAAAUAAAAAAUGCAGAUAUAUUUCCAUUCACAUGAUCAUCAGCUCUAUUCUCUUUGGUCAUGAUUUUCUUUGCUAAUUUUUUUAUGCACCCACCCAAAGUGCUGAUGCUUCGUCAGAAUAUUUUGUUAAGAGCUUUAUGCAAUCAUGAUUGUUUGAGCCGGUUAUGUCAAACAAACAUUCAUGUAAUUUAGUUGCAGUAAUUCAUAAAAAAGAAUCGGCAUAGUUCCUAUUUUAGGACAGAAUCAACAUAAUAUGUCCAGUUCUCCCGCACACAAAAAAGUCUAUGCUCAGUUGCAUGACUUACAAAUCCAGUUUUAGGACCGAACAAGAGAUUCGUACACACAUUUCAUUGUGAUUUGUGGCAAUCUUGCGUGUGGUACAAUGCCUAAAGAAAAUCAAUUUUAUGGUCAAGAUCUUAAGUUGAUGAUAACUUCAUAUGUGGUUCUCCUGUUGCAUUAGUUAUAUUUUUAUUUUUGAUCAUCUUGCCCAAAACUAAAGUUUCACUACAUGAAAAAUGACUACUUUAUUUUAUACCAUGUUAACCUCUUUCUCUUCCCCACAGGACAGCGUCUCAUGCGUUCUCGAUCCGGCGCCACCACAUAUCGUGAUUCUUGAUCGGGCACAGGUCGCGGCCAUAAGAGAGCCUCGCUGGUGUGGUCUUCAUGCUUGGUCUGGAGAAGCAUGGGAGGAUGAGUAGGACAGGCAUGGGGAAGGAGCAGCCAGGCCGGAGCUCCGGAGUCGCUCGCGUCAUGGUCGAAUGGAGCCGGCCAUCUCUAUGGGCUGCUGCUCGCCGGUCGUCGUUCCCCAAUCAGAGUUGCUCAUCUUUGGCUUCACCAUCUUCCUCCCCUGAUCAUGCAUCUAUUUUAGAUCAUAUAAUUAUGCUAUAUCAUAUAUGUUGUUUAGUUGAGACUUGUGCAUGUGCAUGCAUUGGCAUUGAUUUAGACAGAGAUAUUGCAUGAUUUGUACAUAAAAGGAGUACGGAUGAUCUAAGAAUAAAUGUUCGAAUAAAGUUAGUAGUGAGAUUUAGGUA